CCUAACUAACUCUCAUGUAAACAAGACCUAAUUUUUAUUGCAAUAGUUUUUAACUUUUCUUUUCACUAUAAUUAUUUUAAUACCUUUAAAAAAUGAACAAUAUUUUUCUUUUAAUUAUCUGUUUAUUGGCAUCUUCCCCUUCAGUCAAAAGUGGUACUGAAGAUGAGUUUCUGAAAGCUUUUCAAAAAGGCCUCGAAAAAUCCAUUAAAAGCUACAUAAGAAAUAAUCUUGAAAUACUUUCACAAAUACUGAAGAAGCCGUCAGUAGUGGAAACGCCAACUUAUCCUAAACAACUUACUCCACAAGUUAUUGACAAAGCAUUGUUAAAUUUAAAACGUGCUUUACCAGAAACAAUCCCGAUGUUUCCUUUUGCUGUUGCGGAACCAAUAACUUCUGUGGAUAUUUUGUUCUUUUUCGGCAUAUUGAACAGUAGAUUUAAAAAUCUAACAGAUUUUAUAUGUAGCUCCCAAGUAGAAAAUAGUGUCUCCACAUCUUCCAUAGGUGUCAAUUUCCAUAUAAACAGCAGCAGCUUGGAGGGACACUAUGAGCUGGAUGUGAGCAACUACGACAUGCAUUUGUAUGGUGAUGGUGAUUACAGAAUCACCACCAACGGGACAGAUAUUGCUUUCCACACCAAUAUAGAAAUAUCCAUGGACGAUUCAUUCACGAUGAGAGACUUUAUUUUUAAUGUCAGCAUAACUACUGCUGAACUAACAAUGACCAAUCUGCUAAACGGAGAUCCAUCGGCUAAUAAUCUCACAGACUACGUAAGCAAGUUGAUGCCUGCUGAAGUGGCAACUAUGAAUGACAUGUUCCAACAGACUGUGAACAGCUCUGUAGUACAUUUUACUAAUGACUACAUCGCUUCAAUCAUGUCUUGGAGGGAAAUUGUUGAUUUUGUAUACAUCUUGGCUGAGAUUUAAUUAAACAUUGUGAUUUUCUUACAAUCUUCAAUUUUGUUUAAGGGAGUGAAGUAGGGUUCUUGUGAGUACCUACUAUUCUGAAGGUUGAACACAUCAAAUCUCUAAAUGAUUGAGUACACUGAAAAGUUUAUUGAUCCUUUAGAUAAAAUUGGCAAUCUGAUCACAAAUUAUGUUUGUAUUUAUUGUAUCCUAAGUGUAAAGUUUGUAUCAAUAUAUUGCUAUUAUAAACAUAC